AUGACGGAAACUUCGUGCACCGGGCUCCCUGGAAAAUCUAUUGGUGUGAGUUCAAUUCUUCUAGGUUUGGUAUUGGUUGGAAGAGCUGCCUUUAUCUUUCCACUAUGUUUACUUUCCAAUAUUAAGAAACCUCAGAAUCAAAAAAUCUCCUUUAAGCAGCAAGUUGUAAUUUGGUGGGCCGGUCUUAUGAGAGGCGCUGUGUCAAUUGCACUUGCUUAUAAUAAGUUCACUAAAUCUGAACACACUCAACAGCGUGGAAAUGCGUUCAUGAUCACCAGUACCAUCACAGUUGUUCUUUUUAGUACAAUGGUGUUUGGUUUGAUGACUAAGCCUCUUAUCUAUUUCUUGCUGCCUCCGAACUCUAAAGACCUCACCAGAUCUCUUAGCGUCUCUUCGGAGCCUUCAAGUCCGAAGUCAUUCCUUGUUCCGCUACUUGGCAAUGGGCCGGGAUCUGAGGUUGAAGCAGCGCAACAUAUACUCCGUCCGACAAGCCUCCGAAUGCUGUUAACAAGACCAACCCGCUCUGUUCAUCACUAUUGGCGCAGGUUUGAUGACGCCUUCAUGCGUCCGGUGUUCGGUGGUCGAGGUUUUGUUCCAUAUGUUCCUGGUUCACCCGUCGAGCGCACUGUCAACCCUUGGGAGUGA